AUGUCAACUGUCAGCGGUUCAGAUUUGCCUGUCAAGAAAAGAACGCUUAGCAGCUACUUGUCUAAUGUCACAUCUAGAAGAGAAGAGCUAGAGAAGUUAAAGUUUCAACAAGAUGUCAAACGGGAAGAUAUCAUACAAGAGGAUGUCAAACAAGAGGAUGUCAAACAAGAGGAUGUCAAACAAGAGGAUGUCAGACAAGAAAAUGUAAAACAAGAAAAUUUAAAACAGCAGCAAGAACAAGACUCUGUAGAAACUGAACAAACGCUAAAGCAGGCAAUACGAGGACUGGAAAAGAAAGAGUUGACAACAGAACCACAAACAGAGCAGCAAUACGAUCAUGAAAUAGAUCGAAAUCGUCAAGACAUUCCCUAUAAUCAUAAGGAAGUGGAUACUCGGAAAUCAGACGAAAAGUCGUCAGCACAAUCUUCUUUACAAGAACAAGUACUUGAAUUCAAACAAACAGCUCUCAUUAGUGGAAGUGAUCAGUUUAACGUUCAAGAAUCAGUACCGCAAACAGAACGUAGCGGGAGUGAAGAUAGAAGUCCUGAGGCUCCUGUGAAGCCUCUAUACAGGAAUGAUCUCCAUAGGGCUCUCAGAGAUCCAGAGAAUAAGGCCUACGAGCAGGAGCUAUCAUCGGAGGGAAACAACGAAAAUCAUAUCCGUCAUAAUGAUGAUGAAAAACUGGAAACAAAUAGUGACGAGAUAGAUAGUGAUGCUCCCACAGAACCUGCUUCUCCUCCCAAACCGCGACGUCGUAGGUUAAUUAGAGCAGAUAGACUUUCUUCCUUGUCACCUCGAAAUAAUGUGUUUGAUAACGAUUCUGAUUCCGAAUUGUCAGAUAUAGAUGAGUUAAAAAGUCUACAAUUGUCGAGCAGCAUACUACAUGAAGAUUCCUCGCCGACAAGACAGGCCCGGCAUAAUUAUAGAGAGUCACAACAAUCAUCAUCACCCAGAAAAGGCUCACCAAAGAAACCUAGAGCCCAUUUUGCUGUCUCUAAAGUUCCCAAACAAAAAAGAGGGUUGUAUAGAGAUGCAGGUGGUAGAACAAGAUUACAGAUAGCAUGUGAUAAGGGAAACUACGAUUUAGCCAAGAAAUUAAUCGAGGAAGAAAAUUACGAUGUGAAUGAUCAGGAUAAUGCUGGAAACACAGCUUUACAUGAAGCUGCUCUGAAUGGGCAUCUGGAGCUAGUAAAAUUAUUAAAGAAACAUGGAGCCGACGUUAACAUUCAGUCCUUCGAGAUGUUCAAAGAUACUCCUUUAAUAGAUGCAUCAGCAAAUGGGCACUUGGAUGUAGUUGUAUACCUACUGGAUCACGGCGCUGAUCCAACAAUAUCAAAUGCCAAGGAUCUAACAGCAUAUGAAUCUAUAGAGGAGGAGUCGGAUUUAGAUGAACAAGAAAGAGAGAUUGUGCAUGGUAUCAGAAACUGCCUUAGGUCUGCCGCCCGUAAAAGAAAUAAUGCUGAAUUGCCUGUUGGAAAGAUAUCAGAAAAUGCAGCUCCUAUUGGGGAGAGAGCAUCACCUACCAUCAAUAGGCAAAUAGAGGAACCAUUAGGAGAUUAUGAAUUCUUUUGGACGGAUAUAACUUCGAAAGCUGGCCGGGAAAAAUUGUUCAAGGCAUCUAAGGAUGGUAAAUUAGCGUAUGUGGGAGCUUAUUUGGAGAACGGUGGUCGCGUCGAUGUUAAGUCAUUUUUUGAAGCGGUCAAAUUCGGACAUGAGGAUAUUGCUAGUCUGUUUCUGGCAUUUGGUGCCGAGGUAAAUGCCGUUUUAAAAGAUGGGACUACAGCAUUGAUGAACUCGGUUGGAAGAGGGCAUGUAGGGACGGUCAAGCUACUAAUAGCUGCCGGUGCUGAUCCCACUAAGAAGAACAAGAAAGGUCAUACAGCUCUCUAUUAUGCGCAAAACAGCGCAAUGGGUGUUCUCGAGCCUGAAGAGAUAGAAAUAUUGAGGGAAACGAUUAAAAAAUAUGCGUAUGAUAAUGAAAAGGAUGGUAAGAUAAGAAAGGAUGCUGCUGAUGGCAUUAGCUCUAAAAAGAAAACGAUUCCAGUACGAAACAAAGAGGAUGAAAGUGAUAAUGAAAUUCAAGAGGCAACAAAUUCCAGCCUUCCACAGAAUCAUGAAGGUGAAAUGAACUCUGAUGCUGGUGGCAUAUUUAACGAUAAAGACAAUGCAGUCGCGAAACCUAAUGAUAAAGGCAAUGAUAGUAAUGACAGUAAUUACAAUAGUCCAAGUUGUGAUGCAGAACACAUAGUAAAUACAGGUCGUAAAAGGAAGACGCUAUCACCAAUACCACUGCCAACCAAGAGACAGGCCCUAUCUCCAGGAUCCAUGCCAUUAACGGAAAACUCAGAUGCAAUAUCCACAGCUAAAAUUCUCAAUUCAGAUAUCAAGGUAGAUCAAGCAAGUGGGAACGUUGUAGUAAGAGCAAAUGAGGAGACACCAGAGGAGAAGGAGCAAAAAUUGAAGGCAGAAGAAGAGUAUAUUCAAAAAAGAUUGCAAAAUAAAAAGAAGAAAGAACAGGAGCUUUUGAGGAAGCUGGCUGAAGACGAGGAGAAAAGAGAACAGGAGAAACAGAAACAAAAAGUAGAAGAGGUUAGAAAACUAGAAAGACAGCAAAAGGAAAGGCAAAUGGAACUAGGGAAACGCAAGCAAGAAGCGGAGCUCGCUAGAAGAAAGGAAGUACGAGCGAUGUAUCCAUUAGGACUCAAGUUGAUUGAUUUCAGAGACAAUAAGGACUAUUUGGAUUAUUUACCACUGUAUUAUAUUGAAAAAAGGAGCAUACGCGAUGGAAGUGACGCAGAAGGCGACGUCAGAUAUGUUUUGGAUUUGCAAGUAUGUGUAAUCUUGAAGGACAAAACAAUAUUUUCCAGUCAAAGUGCGAUCAAAGAAAGAAUAGAAGUUUCGCCAGCUCAUAACCAACAACUAUGGAACGUACUACGCUUCAUUCUGCUUUGUGGUGGCUAUCGAAAUUCGCGUAAUGAUUACAAAUACUUUGUCGACCUGUACGGCAACUCUCUCGAGGCGAGAAUACAAUUCGAGACCAAUGAGUAUCGCAAGUUCCUGCAACUUCCGUUGCAUUGGAUCAGAUGGGAUGACAUUAACAUAGAUGAUCCACUCAUGCGAGAGCGAAUUCAACGCGAAAUGAUCGAGUUAUCUCUCAUAGACCCAUCGACGACAGGGCCCUCACCAAUAUUCAGUCACUCAUCGACACCUGCAUCUUCAUCCGAAGCCCUGCCGCAAGCUCCCGAAACUCGAAAAUUGCCAAUCAAGUUCCAACACAGGGAAUCAACCUCGUGGCUCUCGGAUCCUUCGAGCGCCCGACCAAUGUGGUGA